AUGGCGGAUGCAGAACCAAAGCCCCUCACAUAUAUUCCGGAGACAGUGCUGAAGAAAAGGAAGAACAAUGAAGAAUGGGCAAUAAAAAGGAGGGAGCAAUUGGCAGUACGAAAACAGAGAAGCAAAGAAAACCGGAAACUCCUCUUCAGAAGGGCUGAGCAGUUUAUCAAAGAAUUCCGUGACAAAGAGUUGGACCUCGUCCAAAUGAAGCACAGGAAAAAGAAGAAAAGGCCAUCGCGUGGCAAAGUUGAAGGAAAACUGCUUUUCAUUAUUCGCAUUGGGGGCACAAAUGAUAUGCAUCCGAAGUCUCAGAAGGUUCUACAUAUGUUGCGGUUGAAGCACAUCUUUGAUGGUGUUUUCGUAAAAGCAAACGAAGGACUGAUGGAUAUGUUGCAGAGGGUUGAACCAUAUGUGACAUAUGGAUAUCCUAAUAUGAAGAGUGUGAAGGAGUUGGUUUACAAGAAGGGUUAUGGGAACAUGGAUAGGCAGAGGGUUCCUCUCACUGACAACAACAUUAUUGAACAGGCUCUUGGAAAGUACAGUAUCAUCUGCCUUGAAGACAUUGUUCAUGAGAUUGCUACGGUGGGGCGUCAUUUUAAGGAGGUGGUUAGCUUCCUGUGGCCUUUCAAGCUAAACAAGCCAGAAGGACUUCUACAAAAAAAGAGAACCCUGUACAAGGAUGGUGGUGACUCCGGUGAUCGAGAGGAUAACAUCAAUGAACUCAUUAGUAAGAUGAACUGACACCUACAAUCAUCAUCCUGCUUUUUGUGAGAACAAAAUGUAGAAUAGGGAAUUGUAGUCCUUUGAGCAAGUAAGUUGCAAUUGUGAUAGAUUAUGAAAAUUGAAGUUGUUUUACAAUCAACAAUUCCCUUCAGUGAAAGUUGUCGUCUUUGCAAUA